GCACACACACAAACCAUAAUAACCUUCGGCUCGCGCAGUGUCCGCGCGCGCGCGCACCGGUCGUGGCGGCUUGUUUUUGUCGGCGCUGUUAUUAUGUAGCGUUCGGACCUUUCAUCUCCGACCACUUCAAACGCGCGUGUGUUGUUAUGUAUUUGUUUUAGUGUGGACGCAGGAGUUUGUCCAAAUAUUCUGGAGGUUGUUGACAGUCAGCAGGCCUUUCUACAGCGUCGCAAAACUUCAGCUACGGAAGAGCAACUAGUGUGCAGACACAUGACCUUUUACUUUAUACCAUGUAGGGACUCGGUUUAGGAGUAUCGUAACACCUGGAGUUCAAGUCCGUCCACAUCUGAGCUCAGACGUUAUUUAAAUAGUCACGAGUCGCGGUUUUGGGUUUGGUUUUAAAAGGUUUUUUUUAGGGCCGAUUUGUGCGUCCUAAACAACAACAACAACAACAACAAAGGCACUGAGAUAAACACAUGGGCCCUAAACAGAGCAGUCCGGCAGCUAGUGCCCGCCUCAGGGCUUAUUCAGGCUCCGAUGUUCCCACUUCCACCACAGCCACCGGGAGCGCGAGCGCAGCGGCGAUUCGGUACUACACCGGAAACCAGCAGCAGGUCGGAGCGCGCGGACGGUACGCGGCGGACGGUGCGAGACCCAAUUCGCUUUUUCAGCCCACCAUCAUAGCGCAAGGCAGCGGGACACAAAGCGAUGAAGACGCGGACGGAGAGCGGAGUCAGUCCGGUCCGAGGUUACUGAUAGGCUCGUUACCGUCCCAUCUGUCCCCUCACCUGCUCGGAGCUGGAUUCAACUGUCCCGUAUGUUCCAAGUUUGUUGCUUCAGAUGAAAUUGACCUUCACCUUGUCAUGUGUCUCACCAAACCAAGACUCACCUAUAACGAGGACGUCUUGACGAAGGACUCUGGGGAGUGUGCAAUAUGCUUGGAUGACAUGGCCCAGGGAGACACCAUUGCCAGACUCCCCUGCCUCUGUAUCUACCACAAAGGGUGUAUUGAUGAAUGGUUCGAGGUGAACAGGUCGUGCCCAGAACACCCUACUGAUUAAACAAUUCUAACACUGCACAGGUUCUGCCAUUUUUUCACUGAAGACUACACACCCUGUGGUCCAGAACCUCUGUGAUUUUUACGAAGACCUGUCAUCACCUCGGAUUCAUGGCUGUGCCCAAAGACAAUUAAAACUGACUCAGGGAUCCUGCCCAUGUGUGAUUUAUUAUUUUCUUUUCUUCACUUUUUCCAUUUUAGCACACCAAAGGACAGCAGAGUGCAAAUUACACUGCUGUGUUAAACCAUCUGGGCUUCAGGAUGUAGCUUUGACGUAUCUACACUGGACACGUUUUUUCCCCCUCCUGCAUAAGUAACACGGAGAACAAGGACAUUCAUCAUUGAACACAGCCAAGUUGUAGAAAUCAAGCAUGCUGGGUGAACUUGUCCCCACUUUUGGGAUAAUUUUCCUGUAAAUAGAAAUCUGGAGUAGCAACUAAUUUUCACUUCUUCAUUUAAAAGCAUUGGUCCAUUUUAUUCCUUUUUCUUUCUUUUUUUUAGUCUGGAGAUUACAUAGUCUGGUGCUAAAAUAAUCAAGUGCCAUUUUUUUUGCUAAAACGUGCUGCUAUGUCUCACAGACAGUAGUCGUGAAUGAAAUUUUACUGAAGCAUUUCUCUUUUUUUCUAUGAGUUUGUGUUCAGAAUUUCAAAGGAACAGGCUGUUCAAGGUGAAUACAGAACUGAAAGCUCACUGUAAUCUGACCACUUGUUGUUGUUGUAGUUUUGUUUUGUCCAUCGACAUCGUAGCGACAUCGUAGCUUUUUGAAAAUCAUGCAACGAGUCGUUAUUUCUAGUCCAUGUUCUGAUUGUACACUUAAUAUAAGAGUGAGAUACCCUUAUGUUAGAUGUGUACUGUAGGUAGGCUUAUUACACAAAAAUACUCAAAUUUACUUAUUCAGUUCUAUUUUCUACAAAAUGUUUUUUUUUUGUUUUUUUUUAGAAACGCCAGCAGACCAAUACAUUGCACUAAUACAGGAUGAUGGAAUAAUCUGAAGAAAAAUCCACUUUAAUGAAUUACAAAAAUACUGUUUUUGGAAAAAAAAAAAGUUUGUGAGGUAGAUGGUUUUUGCUGUUUCAUAAUGAAAUAUUGCUGCAUAACUGAAACUUUAUUGAAGAUGUGUUUAAGUUUAGUUAAAAAAAAAAAAUAUA